AUGCAAUUCUACUGGCCAAUGGUCGAGUUUGAUUUUCGUGUACAAAUAGCACUCUUUCCGUUUCUGUACGUGUGAAGGCAGUAAAGGCAAAAGUGAAACGCCGUCAUACUCACUCAGACUGCUCUGACGCCAUCUGGAGACAAACAUCAGCUGGACGGGCACGUGUGUUGGCAAGGUGGCAGACGGGUGAGGCCAAGCUCAGUUUCCUGGUCUGUGAGUCUAGUGCGACUUUAUGGAUUGUCCAAGUGGAAGAGGUCACAUACUUGAACAGUUUACUGGUCUGAUGAGACGCAAGCGUUCAGCUUUCGUUCUACUGUUAGCAAUUUCAACAGUUGCAUAUUUCUACUUCUACUUUUCAUACUCUACCAGGAAGUAUACACUUAUUACAGACAAGAGCAUUCACACAACAGAGCGGAGGACACACAAGUAGUUCUAAAUGAACGCCAUCGAGCAGCGAGCAUAAUUCAUUAUGCAGUCAAUAUUUUGUCAAGCAGGUCUACUAGGUCUUUUAUGGGAAUUAGUAAUCACACUAGCAAGUACGGAACAUCGUAUAACAAGCAAACUCAAUCGACUCAAUCCCAAACAGAUGAAAUGUUCAAUGAGCUAAAACGAGUUUUGACUGAACGCUGUCACAGCCCUCUCGUGAUGGAGAAAGAGUUUGUGGCAUCAAGUGAGGGUCACUUUUCUACCUUUGAGGACUAUGACAUCAGGAUGGUGCAAGUCGUUACAAGACAUGGCGAGAGAGCACCUAUGUUUGCAACAGCACUUAUAGGAAUGAAAAUUUUUUAUUGUCCAGACGGUUCGAGGCAACUUUUUUCAGCUAGUGAUUUGUCUCAUACAGUCUGCUACAAGGCUCAGAUGACAUGGACUGGCUGUAGGCAGUUGCAGUUGAUUGGUAGGCAUUUUCGUAAGGCCUAUUCAUUUAAUUUGACAGUUGGUCAACUUGAGAAUCGGAUUCGCUUAUUAUCGACUGGAAGACAGAGAACAGAUUGGUCUGCAAGGUGUCUCGUUGCUGGUUUGCUCGGCCACACUAACUACAACAAAUUAGUAAGAGUCAAUCUAGCAAUGGUGCCUUAUGCAUUACAUACUAAGUAUGUAAAGAGCUGUCCUUAUCGUGAGAAACUAUUGAAUCAAAUUCGAAAGAAUCUGAAGUAUCAACAAUCGGCGUCGUACUGGACAUCAGCGGUCAACAGAGGUAACAGUUUUAUUACUGCUACAGGAUACAACGGCAGGAAUUUGACAUAUAUUCAUCAAUUUAACGAGGCUCUUGUGUCUCACUUUUGCAAUUUGUAUCAUAAAGGCAUAUCUGCCAGCAUCACACCUUGUGUUAAGAAACAUUGUAUGCCGCCUUCUUUAUCGUUGGAGAUACUCAAGGCAGCCGAUGUCCACGUAAAGUCUCAAAAUGACCAGAAGGUAAGGAGGAUAUGUAGUCAAGAAUUGCAGAGUAAUUCAAUUGCAAAUUGCAUAACAUACAACUAAUUAAUAAUACAGUAAUUUAAUAAAUAUAAUGAUAUUAAAGGGGCACAGUCCAGAUGUUGCGCGAGGAGAACGCCUCGGAAUCCAUCUUGAAUUGUGUAUACAUUUUUCAAGUUCAUCGAAAUAAGCAACCUUUAAAAGACAAAGCUUAAAUAUUAUAAUAAGGUAGUACAUUUUCUGUAUUCUCACAAAAAACGAGGAUGCGAACGCUUUGCAGUUCACAGUUUGAGUAGCCGUACCAAAUACAACAUUAUCUUUGUAGACUCUGCAAAGACGGAACGCUUUAAAUAUAGCAGGUAGAGGUUAAAAAGCUGAAUUUAUCUGUUUUUGCAUUCGUAUAUGCAUGUGUGAGCGUCGGAUAAAUCCUGCACGUGACCGGAAGUAUACGUCUAUUGUAAUGUCGACUACAUCCGCAAGAAGCCAGCGUAGUGCAGGGAAGCACGGAGGUGCAAGACGAGGGGCUGGUCGUCGGAAAAUACAAGUAGACACAGAAUGCAAAGUAGUAAGACUGGAACGAUCUACUUACGACAGACUCCUCGCUUUGAGAGAUCGCCUACGCUUGCCCAGUUUCAACUCGCUUGCCGAAUUUCUUUUGAGGCGCGUACUCAACUGCAGGUUAGCUUGCUUGGUACUUCUGUAUCAAUUCACGAAUAACAGUCAAAGCUUACGCUUUUUCAGCUGUCAGCCAUUGUCCACUUCUCUACCGGAGCCUAAUGCGAUUGGUGACGAUUCAGCAACAUUGGAGACUAUAGCUUCCCAUUCUAGAGAACGUACAGACCAGUCUGACUGUUUGAUAGCUGCAGAUCUUCGUGAUUUAGACACAUCUGUCAGACACGUAGAAGAAAUGAUUUCUACUCCUGUACGGUCAGGCAAACUCAGUUCAAGAAGACCUCUGUUUCCAUCUACACUUAGUCCAGUAAACUCUGCAAACUCUCCAUGUCCCUCUGUGAAUUGUUCAUCAGGUUCUGAAACAGAUGAUGAGAGUAAUGAAGAUCAAGAACCUAGAAGAACGGCUGACUUGAAGACUUUACUGACUACACUAGAUGAAUCUGACCAGUCAUCUGAAGAUGAAUACCGAUAUGAAAGUGACACUGAUUGUACUUCUUCUGAUGAUGUUGAUGAGCUUGAUGCCAGUUAUCUGGAUGACAUAACCUUGUCCCCAAGCACUCACCAUGCUUCAUCACAUGACAUUGUCGAUGUCACAACCUCACCCGUCGGAAGCAAGGAAGUUCUGGAUGAUCAGUUGACUGUAAAGGACAUGAUUAUCCCAACGGUACAGUUUGGAAUUAGUGACAAAGAUUCAGGUGGACAGAUGCCUACCUCAAGUCCAUCUUCUGGAGCUAUUCCUGUUGUACGUGUCUCAGUGCAGCCAAUAGCAAUAACACCUAUCACUAUCUUUGAAAAUGAUCUUGAGAAUAGGCUGAAGUUACCCAGGGUUGUGUGUGAUGAAGAUUGCAUAUUGCAGUUGCUUGGAAAAACGUGCAGAUAUCCCUUCUGUUGGGAAGAGAUAUCGGUGCAGAAGAAGCAUAUUGGCAGCACAUUGACAUUGCAAUGGCACUGCAAGAAGUUCCACCAAGGCUCAUGGAGUAGUUCUGCACGAUGCAAAUCUCAAAAUGGAUACCCAUUCUUCAUAAAUAAUCUUUUGUUUGCUGCUUAAGUUUUUCUGUCUGGAAACAACUUCUCAAAAAUUAGUCUCUUGUGUCAGUUCUUUAGAUUGAAUUCUAUAUCACAGUCAACUUUCGAUCGCAUUCAGCGCCUAUAUAUAUGUCUGUCUGUUGUGGAACAUUGGGAAACAUCCAGAAAUGCAAUCCUCGCCGAUAUUGGAGAUCGACCAGUAGUUCUUGCUGGUGAUGGGCGCUGUGACUCACCAGGGUUCAGUGCAAAAUAUUGUGUGUACUCUCUUAUGGAUAUUGUCACACGAAAAGUUGUAGACGUUCAAUUUGUUGACAAGAGAGAGACUGAACUGAAAUCACCUAGGAUGGAGAAACUUGGACUGCAGAGAGCUUUGACAUCUAUACAAAAGAAGAUCAAAGUCAUAGAAUUAGUUACAGAUGCAUCUAUUUCUAUUUCUGCAAUGCUGGAAAGAGAUGAAACUUACAGACACUUAGUGCAUUCGUUGGAUGUUUGGCAUAAAGCCAAAAAUUAUCAAAGAUACUAUCUGAGGCAUCAAAGAAACGAGAACUGGCUGAACUCGGACCCUGGAAAAGAUCCAUAGUAAACCAUUUUUGGUGGAGUUGCCAACAAGCAAAAGGAGAUGUAGAGCGGCUAAAGACAAUUUGGAUUGGAGUCUUGCACCAUGUAAUUGGUGAACAUGAGUGGGCAACGGGUAGAUGUAGUCAUAGUGAGCUGGCAAAUGAUGACUGGCUACAGAGUGGAAAGCGUGCACUACAUGUCAAUUCACCAUCAAUGAAAUUCUUGAGAAAGGUUGUGCUUGAUCCUAAGUGGCUUAGGUCAAUGACCCAUUAUGUACGAUGUCGCCAAACAAGUGCGCUUGAAAACUAUCACAAUUUAAUCCUUAAAUAUGCUUCCAAAAGAAUAGCAUUUGGGUAUGAAGCCUUCAAGGCCCGUUGUUUGCUAGCGGCCAUGGAUCAUAAUGAGCACACAACUCUGGAACAGGCUAUAACAAAAACAACAAGACAACCAAGAUUUCACCGGAAGUUUAAUAAAAAUUCCCAGCAGUGGACCGUAAGGAAGGUGAAGGAAAGAAAACAGUACAAUCACGUAACUGGGAUAAUACAUACGAUCGCAAAAAAGCGAAUGGAAGAGGAAGAGUCAACUCAUCGUCACACAGUGUUUUUACAGCAAAACCCCAACACAUUGCUCAAACUACUGCUCCAGUUAGUCCACCAUCAACUGCUGAUCUGGCAGAAAGGCAGUGUAGUAGGACAGGUACAGUUUAGGUUACCUCACCAUUCUUGUGCUACCACAAUGACUGCCAUUGUGUUUGUUAAUACUGCUGUUGUGUUGUAUUGUUGCAUCACUGAUAUAAAUGUAUAGGUUCACAGCAUCUCACCAGGCCAUAGUUGCAUAGGCUCAAGCAAUACAGUAAUACAUGAGGACACAUCUGGUCACACAGGAUGAUGCAACACAUCUGUGUCCUCUGCCCAAGUGAGCAUGCUGACAUACUUCAUAAUGUUACAGUACCUGCAUGUUAUCAAAAACAAACACAAUAGAGAUACUUCAAUGUCUUCCUGCAGGUGAAAGUCACUAGCUGAUUUGCUAGCCUGUUCUUUCACCGAUAUAUAGACGAGAGUAGAUACACACUAUGGAUGGCAGAAAGGCGGUAGAAAGGUGGGCAGGUAGGACAGCAACUGACCCACAAAAUGUAUGCUCAGGACCCAGUCACCUGUUGAAACUUUCUCUGGCACUUUUGCAGCAGAUGUAUUAAAACAAUAAACUACAGGAAGAUAUGACUCUGCCACAAGUACCAAGAGUCUGUAUUCUUGUGUUUUGCUUGGUGUUGUCUUGUUUUGCAGUCUAUGAUGGGUGCCAGCUGUCAACAAGAAAUAUGUAGAGCGUUUAAAGGCAAACCAUGAAUGCAGUGACUCAAAAUUGAUGGCAGACUAGCACGUUAUAGUGCUGUAUAUAAACGUCUUAUCCAGACAUGAAGGACCAGUAAGUAGUACUUCACUAGUGAUGGAUGGCAGAUGGAUAAGAAAGGGUCGUUGUUGUGUACCAGCUAUUGAAUAUCUAUAGGGUAAGUAUUCAAACCAGUCAGAAUUAUUACAUACUUGUGUUUCUUUCAGUUAGUGCCAAGCUAACAACAAGUUGCCUAGGGUCAACUGACAUGAGAAUUGCAGUUAUUUGCCAUAGCUGAAUUAUACUGACAAUGACAUAAAAUUUCACAGUUUGCAUGCAUCUAACUUCUAAGAAUACACAACUACUACUAAACUAAACAA